AUGACCAUCGCGGCGUACCCAGAAGUUGCGCACCGCCUACCAGAAGCCGAUUGCUUAGCAGCAUAUAAUUUCAGCGAGUGGGAAGUGCGAGAUUUCAAAUUCGGCGCUCGGGUGCAAGCCGGUAACCCCUACCGCGAUGACUUGAUUCCGCCUGAGGCGCAUCCGAAGACCGGGUUUAAGUUCGAUAGGCGCUUGAAUGAGUUGUUUAUCGAGCAGCAGUGGGAUUGCGAGGACGAUGACGGGAACGAAACUAGGCUUAUAGCGGUUGGUAGUACGGUUCUACCGCUAGAAUGCCAUGAAAUACCUACUUCGGAUGAUAAUCCAAACCCUUAA